AUGUGCGCUGCCGGAGGCGAGGUCGCUUUGUUCAACCUCUUCCCCAGCAUGAAGUCGUCGGCUGCCUCAUCGCCUGUUUUGCAGGAGGCUCUCAAAGCCACGGCAUUAGCCAGCUCCUCUUUACAAAUGUGCCAGGCAGGCUUGAUGGCUCAAGCGCGGCAACACUAUGGCGAGGCGAUUAGCAAGAUUGGCGGCGCACUGAAGGAUAACUCGACAGCGCAAGACGACUCGGUUGUUGUCGCAUUACUCACUCUCGGCCUCUUCGAGACCCUAACAUACUUCAAGGCAAUAGUACCGGAUACAUCACCAAGGAAGAUAACAUCGCAUUGUCGAGGUUCUCUCGCACUCUUGAGGUAUCGAGCAGAACAGGGUGUUGCCACAUCACUCGAUAAGGGCCUACUUGCGUUUGUGGUUCACCUGGGGAUGCUCGAAAUAUUCAUCGGCCAGGAAGGUCGAUCACCAGUUCUAGUCGGCUUGAAACAAGCAGCAUGGGCGAAAGACGGCAUGGUUGAACCGCUGCUCGUUCGAGCUAUCGACUACAAACACAUGAUCCAGCACGUGCUAUCAUCGGCAGAUAUCGAACGAGCAUCCGUCGGCCACGUAACAGAGAUCUUCCAGAUAGGUAUCGACAUCAUACGCGACAUAGAAGCAGCCGCGAACUACAGAAUCUUAUCCCCUGGGCCCCGGAAUAAACCCGGACCUGACGGCGCUGUCGACGAAGACCUGAACUCUUUCAACCACUUGUUGGGCCGUAAAUCGGACGCAAGCGAUGCGAUAGCGAAAGGUCUUUACCUCACCAUCAGACUACACCUCAUCGAGUACAUUCUAAGCUUAUCAAUUGCUCUUGGAGAACCGACGCGUGAAGAGUUGAAGACGCUCGUCAACCUCCCUCAUGGACUGACGGCGAUGGAGCAAGUUUGCGAGCAAAUCCGUAUUGUAUUCGGAUUCGAUGGCAGAGAUUCAGCCUGUACCAUACAGGGCGUUGGAUUCAAUGCUUGGUGUAUGUUCUGGCCUAUGAUAGCCGUGCUCAAGUCGGCUUUUGCCGACAAAGACACGAAGAUGUGGAUCAUGGACAAGUGUAUGGCGGUAAGCCAGGCGUCAGGCUUUGGGAUGGCGAUGAUUGGUGUUAUGAUUCCCAUCGAAACGGCGUUGGAGUCUGUAUGUAUGGAGACCACAUCAUCCACGCACCUGGGCAUCUCAACUUCUAUACGUGCGGGAGCUUGGUUGAACGAAGAAAACACGAGUACACAAUAA